AUGAUUGCCCCACAGCCUGAAAAGCCUCUGCUACUGUACCUGACCUCUACUCCACAGUCUAUUGAAGCCCUACUUGUCCAAGACAUAGAUAGCGUUGAGAAGCCAGUCUAUUACAUCAGCUGCAAAGUCAAUGGUGUCGAGUCGCGAUAUACCCCAAUUGAGAGGCCCGCUCUGAUUGGAAGAAUGGCGAGAUGGCUCUUGGCUCUAACAGAAUAUGAUAUCACGUGUGUUACUCCCAAGGCUAUUAAGAGCCAAGCACUUGCAGACUUACUGGCCCAGUUCCCAUCUGGUGAACAUGAACCUGCAAAGGUACCUUUACCAGAUGAGGUCCAUCUCUCAGCAACUGCAAUUGAGAGUUAUUGGGACUUAAAGUUUGAUGGAGCUUCCGGAGCUGGGAAAGGUGAAGUCGGCGCAACAUUAACCAAUCAAGAAGGAGAGAAGUUUCAUCUAUCAUAUAAGCUUAACUUUGAGUGUUCAAACAACGAGGCUGAAUACGAGGCGCUGAUAUUGUGUUUAAUAGCUGCCCAAAAGAAGGGCCUCCGCAAGUUGAAAAUUUGGGAUGACUCCAAGUUAGUUGUCAAGCAAACGAUGGGUGAUUUUGCCUUGAAGGAGCCUUUGUUAACCCCAUAUAGCACUGUAGUUCAAAGGUUGCUCACUCAGUUUGAUGAUGUCCAAAUCCAGCAUACCCCUCGAACACAUAACCGUUUCCCCGAUGCCUUGGCUACACUGGGGGCAAAGAUGGAGAUACCAGAUGAUAGUAUAGCCAUCAUCAUCGAGAAAAGAACAACACCAGCAGUACUAGUCGAAGAACAUACAGAGCAAGAUGCUGAGGGGUGGAAAACAGAUAUAAUCCAGUAG